AUGCGUGCUACAAGAAGAUUGUACUCUAGUGGAUUAUCACAAGAUUUCUUGGAUCAGCUUCUUAAAAAGGCUAAUGAAGCUAUUGAAGCUAAUAUUGCAAAAAAAAAUGCCAACCCAAGACCUAAACGUAAUAAUAACUAUAGGAAUCAAAGUUCUCCUUACAAUAAGAAAUAUGCCAAAAGAAGACCAAAUAAUACCACGAGUAAUUCAAAUAGACCCGUUAACUCAUAUAAUAAUAAUAAUGAAUUACUCCAAUCUCAACCAUUGAACUCUCAACCACAAUUUAAUAAAAAUUCAACCUCUAAUGCUAUGUCUAAAAACGAUGAAACAAUUUCUAAUGCAAUGGAAAUCUUAAGUUCAGAUGUAAAUACAACUACACAACCACGAAGAUCAUUUACUAACAUGCAAUCUCAAAGAACCAAUUCAAAUAAUAGAAUUACGUUUAGAAAUAAUAGAACUAAUAGUUAUAAAAAUAAAAACUCUGGUAAUAAUUAUAAUAAUACCCAAAGGAAGUACCCUGUUAAAAAGAGUUUUGUACCAGAAGUUCCAAAAGCUUUUGUUCCAUUUAAUCCAACUACAUUAUCUUUACUACCUUAUUAUUCUAAUAUUCCAAUCAACAAUAACAAUACUAAAACUUUAAAUACAAUUAAAUCAUUAUUAACUUAUAAUAAUAUGUCAAUAUCGUUAAAUUCUAAUGGCAAUACUGCAAACUCGAUGAAAAUCAAGACUUUUAAUGAUCAACAAAGACCUUAUUUGAGUAAAAAUAUGCUUUUACAAAAAAUUUCAAAAAGUGAAGCUUCUAAGUCGAAUACUAAUGCUUUAGGGCCAUUUGAAAUAAACAAUGAAAUUAUUGCCACGAAUUAUACUGGUAAACCAACUACUCUUCCUGCUGUUAAAGUGGACGACUUUAAGGGAAAUUCCAAAGAAUUGUAUUGGAAUUAUAACGUAGUGAAAAGAAAUGUUGAAAAACUUAAAAAUUUAGAUCAAGAGAAAAAAAUAAAAUUCAUCAACGUUUGUUCUGGUUUGAAUGAUAUUAAAACUAUUUUAUGA